GCAGUUUAGAAGUUGGAGUUCGAUCGUAAACUUAAUAUCGCUCAUUCUAUCUCUCUCUCUCUUAAUAAAGUUUCACAAUUUGAAGCUUUCUCUCACAUGGCGGCUGCUGUUGUUGGUGCUGCUAUUGCUGAUGAAGGUGAUCGGCUUAUUGGUUUAGAAGAAGGAAUGUUGUACCUUCCCUCUCAAGUUCUCGAUGGGGCCUGUGAUACAAAGGCACGUACUGUGAAACCUGUUCAACCACACCGCCACCGCCACCAUCACCACCACCUUCACCAUCACCGUCGUAGUGUCGUCAAAUUUUCGGUCGAAGAACUUCCUAACAUGAACUCAAUAAAGUGCAGCAAUACAAAACUGCCUCAGAGACCAAAAUUUGGGCAACAUUGGGCAUCGAGUGGAGGGCAUGGAAUGCAGGCCAUUUUUCUAGAUUCUGCCCAAAAAUCAUGUGGUACUGGUGUUUUCCUUCCACAAACAGCAGGCUCCCACCUACCUCCCAACAAUAAAAAGCCAGCAUGUGCUCCUGUUCUCCUUCCUUCCCGUGUGGUCCAAGCUCUCAACCUCAACGUGCACGCUUUAGGCCUACAAAUUUCACCUCGACAAGAUCCUAAAGCCAAUAGAAAGAGUGGAGGCCAUAAGAACAUAAACUCAGUCAAACAUAGUAAAAAAACCAAGGAUGUAGUGACGACGAUGCCUUCGUCACAAUGUGGUGUUAUUUCCCAAAAAAAGAUUUCUUCUCCAGAUUUGUUUCUUCCAAAGGAAUGGACUUAUUAGUUAGCUAGCUUUAGCUUCCAAAAAGUGAAGAUUAAGGUUUUUAAACCAAAAAGAAGCCCCGUUAAAAAAAAAAAAAAAAAAAAAGGCUAAAAGCUCUUAUUCAAUAGUUGUGCUGUUAAUUAUGUCCUUCGAGCACUCCUAUUAAUGGGUGUUCUACUCCAUCUUUUAAAAUACAUCAUCAAAAUACAUCUUAUUCUAUUUUA